GUUCUGGACAUAAUCCAACAGGAACGUAAGUACAGUUUAUGUUCACGUGCAGCAUGGUCAUCGGGUUUUAUUCACUGAACUGCUACGUCGUGGCGUGUGUGGAAAUGUACAGUUUGUUUACUCAGUUAAUGAAUCAUUGAAGGAUUUACUUACCUGUUCUUAAGAUUUUGAAAAAUAAAGAAGAUUUUUCGAUUAUCAAACUUUGAUUAUUUAGAGAUUACAUCAACACAACAGUUGGAUUUCAAACUACGAUACAGACAUACCAUUUCUGGUGUUAAGUUUUACACGGCAGAACGUUCAACUCAAAGCGCCCAAUUUUCUUUGUUUUGUUUCAUGAACAACGCCAUUCACCGUGCAAUCUUAAUGGCAAGAUGGCAAAGUGCCUGGAAGCCAGUUGUUCUUAUAUUUUGUGAAAAUAACGGAUAUAUGCCUAUAGACUUAUAAGCCUGUGACGUCAAAAUGGAUCCAGGUCCGACAUGGAAGAAGAUGCUUCCCCUAUCCAUCAUUGUGGUAAUUUUCCUGUGUACCGGAGCGCUCGUGUUUAGCGCCAUUGAGGGGGACCCGGAACUGGAGAGGCGACAGGUGCUCCGGGAAUACCUCAGCAGGUUUCUGCGGAACCACACCUGCAUUGAUUCUGACGAACUGCACGAGUUGCUGUCGGAAGUAGACACGGAAAUCAACUUCGCUUUGCGCAUGAUCAGAAACAAGACUGUCUACACCCAAUGGGACUUCUCAGGGUCAUUCUCUUUCGUCAUCACUGUCGUCACAACCAUAGGGUACGGGAACCUGGCCCCACGGACGGGCCUGGGGAAGGUGGCUGUGGUGGUAUUCGCCUUCAUUGGUAUCCCGAUCACAAUGAUAAUGAUCUCCUACAUAGGACAAAUGUUGACGAGGCUGUCCAAACGGGUCAACAAAUGUAACCUCUGUUCGUCCAAACCAAUGGUCAACAAAGUUCUUAACAUUAUGCUGAUUAUAACCCUAGGGAUCACCAUGCUGUUUGGAAUCCCGGCCUUCAUAUUUAAUCAGGUUGAGAAGUGGGACUUCUUGGAAGGACUGUACUAUUGUUUUGUAACGUUAUCUACGAUCGGAUUCGGGGAUUAUAUUGCAGCUAUAUCUGAGAACCGCCUGAGUGACCGCGGGGCUGGUGACGUGUACAGAGUGGUGACGUAUGUGUGGAUCCUGUUCGGUUUGUCCUAUCUUUCCCUCGUCAUAUCCUACAUAACAGAGGUCUUCAUAAAAAAGGCAGAGAAAAUGGAAAACUUCACCAAAAAUAAAUUUGAGAAUGAAAUCAACAAACUACAAGAUGAAAUCACAAAAACAAAGAGAACGGUACAACAAAAAGCUUCUACAGUGAAAACUAGUGUCAACCGUAAAAUGAGAGACUCUCACUCCCCAAAAUUAACGAGAGGAGAUGCUCUAGACCAAAAGGAUGGGAAAAAUGGAGUACAGCUUCUAAAAGUAACUUUCAUCUCCGAAGGCAGAGACAACACAAUAUGUUCAUGACAUCGUAUAAUUGGUCGUUGGCAUUUACAGUGAGAAAAUGUGACUUGGGAAUCCAAAGGAUUACAUAAUCACCAAUGAAAGAGACAAGGCGUGCGUGUCAAUUCUUGAAUGUCAUAUAACUAAGAUUUUAUCAUAAAUAUGUGUCAAAAGGAUGCGUUGGUGGCUUUUGAUUGAAGGUCAGAGUCGGUAUGUCCGCCUGUCCGUUUAUGCUGUUAACGAUUCCGCACGAACUUCAGAUCAUGAAUGCCAAACAAAUCUAAAUAGAAGAUUGUACCAAAGACACACAAGUAAUAAGGACAUUUUAACAUCAAUGAAGCAAUUUAUUUACAGUUUUUAUUCUGAAAAGAAUGUAUAAAACUGCAUCGCUGUUUCGUCCUUCUAGGGCUCGUCUGUGAUUCAAAAUACAUCAUACAGCUGUUACGUUCUUCUCGGACCCGACAGUAAAGUUAGGGAUAUCCUAAAGCGGUUUCGUCCUUCUAGCGCUCGUCACUGAUGCUAGGGAUAUCAUAAAGCUGUUUCGUCCUUCUAGGGCUCGUUAGUGACGGUAGGGACCUCUUACAGCUGUUUCGUCCUUCCAGGAAUCACUCGUCAGUGAUGCUAGGGACAUCAUACAGCUGUUUUGUCUUUUUCGGUCUCGUCAGAAAUGCUAGAAGCAUCAUACAUCUGUUUCGUUCUUCUAGGAUAUGUCAGGGAUGUACGUUAGGGACAUCAUAAAACUGUUUCUUUCUUCUAUGCUACGUCAGGCAUGUUCGGGACAUUAUACAACUGCUUCGUCCUUCUAGGACUCAUCAGUGAUGCUAGGGACAUAAUGCAGCUGGUACGCCGUUCUAGGACACACCAAGGAUGGUAGGGACCUCAUAGAGGUGUAUAUUGUCUUCCGAGUUUCGAGGACUCGUCAAGGGUGCUAGGGGCACCACACAGCUGUUUCGUCCUUCUAUGACUCGUCAGUGAUUCUAGGGACAUCAUACAACUGUUUUGUCCUUUUAGGACUCGACGGGGAUUCUAGGGCCGUUACACGGCUGUUUUGACCAUUUAGGACUGGUCAGGAUGUUGAUGACCCAGUCCUCUCACAUUGAAAAGGUCUGCUUAGGAUUUCUUCUCAGCUCCGAAGUGUCAAAAGUCAAGUAUCACCAGAAAAGAGUUAAAAAGUGUAUCAAUCAUAUGAGAUAUCUAAUAAACGUUUAAAUUUACUCUACAAUUUUAAGUAGCUCGAAAAGGGGAGAUAUCUUUUUGGGGGAUUUAAUAUUAAUUUAGCUUGUCAUACUUUUGGUAUGUUAUAAAGCAGGAUUUAAAGGCUGUAUAAUGGCAAUGGUUUGAAGUCUGAUUUGAUCUGUGUGAUGUGUUAGAGAGAGUAUCGUAUAUCAUCGUAAGAAUAGUGACUGUUGCUUUGUUCCUGAAGGAUGUCAUAUAUUUUGUCGCAUUUCAAAUAUUUUCAUCGCUUACGCAUGUACAGUUUUUAAUAUACAUUUGAUUAAAUAUCUGGCAUAGUCAAAUGAAUGGCAAAUAUUCAUUAUUUUAAAAAUGUAUUCAUCUAAACUAUUCUGUAUGGUUACCGUUUUAAAAGAAGAAAAAACCUUUUUAUUUACAUUUCAGAUUGUGAUAUUUGUUAAGAUAUAUAUCAUUUAAAACAUGACUCAUCAUAAGGACCGAACCUCAAUGGACGUCUAAGUUCUCGUUUCAGACUGUAAAGUUAUCUGGUCUCGUAGUGUUAUUUUUAUGUUUCGGUACACUUAUCGGAAUAUGGUAAUCCUUUAGACGCUUGACACAAUGUAAUGCAGCAAUUAGUCAAGAUUAAGAAAUAAUAAAAGGAUUUACUUGCUGUCAUUAGUGUUAUCCAGGGAUUAUCACCACGGCGAGAUAUUACUUUGUACACGUGCCCGUUAUCACAUUCUCAGACGAACCAACUAUCGUGAAUUAGUCAUGUAUUCCUGAACUACUUCAUUCAUGUAACAUUAACGUGGUACGAUGUGGGAAAAGUGAGCGUUCAGUUGUAUACCAGAAAUGGCAUUAAUAGAUACAUAAAUUAUAUCAAUAUUCACAUUUCUUCUUAAAAAUGUUGUAGCAACUAAUAAUUCAGAUAAAGAUUUGGAAGAAAUGAACUUUUAGAUAUCUUUUAUUGUGUAUACUGUUUGUAUGUUGUGCUGAAGCUGUAAUAUUGAUAUCAUAUCUAAUAUAAUUCACCUAAACAUCUGUACAUGCCAUCGUCAUAUGAUUAUCAUAUUACCAAUAUCUUAUCUAAAUGAGAAUGUAUUAUUUAUUUAUUUAAACUUUUAUACGAAAACUAUCAAGGCAUGUGUACUUUUAAACUGACUUGUAUUCAGUUUUAAUCUCCACAAUAACGUUUUAAUACUAUUUACUAGUUUAAAUGUAUUUAAGCUGUAGCAGUUCUGUGAUGUGUGACUGUUAAUUAAAUUUGACACUUUUUUCCUUUGUUUCCCCUUCGUAUGUUUGCAGACCUGCCACCUUUUAUCAGGAACCAAUAAUUUUUACCUACUGUGAUAUGCAUGUUACGUUCGAUAAAAUUCAACUAUUAUCAGUG